AUGUGGGCCUCUAGCUGCGAUUUACUGCGUUUUGUCUUCGAGACGAAGAUCGAGCCUUUUCUGUCUUUAGGUGUCUGUACACCUGAGGACAGCGGCAGCAGCAACUCAGGCAAUGGAGAGACAAAUAAAGAGCAGCAUGCGGGCGUUCACAAAGCAGCAGCAGCAGCAGCAGCAGCAGCAAGCCAGUCCAUAUGCUGCUGCCAGAAGCGCGCGCUUGCUGAGCUGCUGCUGCAGCGCCUGCGCACCGAUGUACAUACACCCCAGCAGGCAAAUGAAUGCAGCGCAGCAGCAGCACCAGCUGCUGCUGCUGCAGAGCCAGCAGCAGCAGCAGCAGCAGCAGCAGCAGCUGGCGGGCUUCCCAUUUCUUUUGUCUCAUUGCCCUCCGGCAGCCGCCUCUCCUGCGCCCUUCAGACGCUAGCCCUCAUUCUUGAAGACAAGCUGGGCGCAGCAGCAGCGGGCCAACAGCAGCAGCAGCAGCAGCAGCAGCAGCAACAGCAGCAGCAGCAGCAGCAGCAAGCUGUCUCCUGCGAGCUGUGCGGCCAAGACGUGUCUGCAGGCUUCUCUCUUUUCCUUUCGAACUUGAAAAGCUUUUUGUCUCUUUUUCGUUUAUUUGGUUUUCGCCUUUCCAGCAGAGGGGCAGCAGCGCUGCAGCAGCAGCUGCAGCAGCAGCAGCAGCAGCAGCAGCAGCAGCUGCGGGCCAAGCGGGGGCUGCCAAAGGAGGAACCCAAGACAUGCAGCAGCAGCAGCAGCAAAAGGCACAAGAAGGAUUUCUGCUGCAGUGCUGCUCCUGCUGCCAGCUGCAGCAGCCGCAGCAAGGGGGCCCUCUGCGGUGUACGUACACCUCAAAUGGGCCCCCAAGUCAAGCGCCUCAAGCUCUUCAACUAUAUAAAGAUUCAGCAAAUUGGCCAGGGCGCCUACGGCGAUGUUUGGCUGGGGUGUGAAUUGGGCAGCGGGCGGUGGGUGGCUUUGAAGCGAAUGAAGGCGCAGCAGCAGCAGCAGCAGCAGCAGCAGCAGCAGCAGCUGGUGCUGGACCCGCAGCACCACACUGCAGCAGCGCAGCAGCAGCUGCUGAUGCGGCAGCUGCAGCAAAACACUGAAGAGAGAGAUGGCUUUCCCAAAACUGCAAUAAGAGAGAUUUCGCUUUUGACUGAGUUAAAAGGUAAUUUAAUUAAUUAA